AUGGCUAACUCAGCCAAUAAAAAAUUAUUUAUUGUCAAUGAUCCACGGGAACAGACUCUAGGAUUUGUUUCUGAGAACGCGCACGCGGGUCACAAAAGUCUGAUAGCGGCGCAGGAAGGAUCCACCGCGUCGCACCCGGUGGCAGUAGCCGCGGGGAGCACUAAUGUAACUAAUAGCAAUGCCACUCGGGAAUCUCCGAUUUUGGUCACACCUCAGGCUGAUCUACCAAAUAACCAAGAAUCAGAACCAGCAUUAAUGUCAUCGACAUUGCUAACAGCAGUCAACAACGACAAAGGCAAUGGCACCAACAAUGGAUACGACGAUGAAAGUGAUGGGGAUUACCAGCCGACUGUGAAAAAAUUUCCAUGCGUUCUCGAAAACCCUGAUGUUCACCAGAGUACACAUGCAUUAGCUAAAGUUGGCUAUGGAGAACCCGCGGCAGACGCGGGAAAGCCGUCGGCAAAUCGGCUGAAACGGUCAAUAACUGCUGGUGAUGGGGGGGAUUUUCACCAUAAGGAAAAUGAUGAAGCAGCUACAGCGGAACCGGACCCGAAACGACUGAAAUUGUUAAUAAAUACAUUAUACAGUGAUGAAGAUGAGUCUGAUAAUGAUGAGGAAGAAGAAGAAGAAGAAGAAGAAGAAGAAGAAGAAGAAGAAGAAGAAGAAGAGGAGAUUGAUGAAAACAACAAACAUGACGAGAUUGGGGAAGAUCAAGAAAUAAUGGCUAAUGAUAAUAAUACCAAUGAAGAAGAAGAAGAAGAAGAAGCCGACAAUGAUGAAGAAGAAGAAGAAGAUCAAGAUCAAGAAGAACAAAAACCUACAUACACAGCUGGCCCUAUUGAUAAAGAAACGGGACAGCGUGCAGCAUUCCCAAUCCCUGCAUUGGACCCGUCUUUGCUACGUUCUAUGGCUUCUGGUACCCCCCCAGUAUCGGCGCUUGAAUACCUUGCUCGAGUCCGCCAUGAAGCCUCUACAAGACCUUCAUUUAUGCAUACAAUCCGUAGUCAACCAAUUGCCCCACAUUCUUUGUUAAACUCAUCCCAAACUACACAACCUCUUUUGAGAGAUACCAGACAAACCUUACAACCAUAUUCAUUGCCUAAACCAACACAUCUUCCACAGGCACAGCCUCAUAACCCAUUUGUGGUAAUCCCUCAGACAAGCCCUACAGAUCAACCCAAAGAUACAGCUGAUCCUCAUCCUCUGAAAUCCUCCUUUUCUUACAACUGUGAAAUAUUAGAUCUUGAUAGAAAAUGGAAUGACGAAUUUCUUAAAUCUUUUGCACAAUCAAGACGCAUAUUACAAACAACCAUUGAUGCAUUAGAUCCCCAAACUACUUCUACUUCCUUACCAUCAUCACCUUUACCAGAAACUUUUGAUCAAUGGAAAAAGUUUCUAUUACAAGGAUCUACAACUCAACCAUCUCCAGCAUUAUUGAACCAUUUGGAUAUAGUAAUAGCCACACAAUUAUUAGAUUACGCAUGCAGAUGUGCGUCUAGCAAAGUGCCUCCCCCCAUGGCUCGUUGGACGUAUGCAAUUCUAUUAAAAUACCCUGACACUGUCGAUGCAGAUGCUACUGCAGUGCUGCGACAACUUGCCAAAAAGUGUAUUCAUAUCCGCAACAAAAUUACAACAGGCAAAAAAAUCUCUACAGAAACCAGGCUUUGGCUUGAUUCAACAGUGGCUAUUGUUGCCCAACUUUAUGGUCAACGCGACCUUAUAAAUCUCAUAGACUAA